AGCGCGAAUGAAGGAAGAAAUAUAAGAUUUCGCUGAAUUGCUGCACGUACGGCCAUCGUUUUUUGUCAGGGGUCUACGUCCGGCGGGGUUUUCGUCGAUAGAAUAAGCAACUUCUCUUUGAAAUAUUUUCAGUAUUCGUAAACAAGUGACGACACCAGGCUUUUUUUUUUUAAUUUGCUUGUCGCAGAUAAAAAAGAAAGAAAAAAAGAACUGACAAACUAAACAUGCCAGAGAAACACCUUAUAGAGGAAAUAAAGAAAAUGAAUAAAAAACUUAAAGACUUGAAUACACAGAUAGCAGCAAACGAAUAUAAGCUGCGUGAAGUUCCGAAUAGAAAAAGCGAAGAAAAGUUCAAUAAAGUCAUAGAAGAUCUAAAGCGAGAAAAGGAAAAGGGUGAAGAGAAAAGAUAUCUCCUUCAGAAAGUAGUGAAACUGCAAGGAACACUAGAGACAAAAGAGGUAAAAAUAACACAGUUGAAACACCAAAUAGAGGAACUACAAAAAAAUAAUGGUCAAAUACAAGAAUUAAACGAAGAAAUAGUAGAUCUCAAGCAAGAAAAGGAUCAGUUGGAAAACGAAAUAAUCAAGCUUAAAAAUGACAUACGUGGGUUGAAGGAAAAGAUCGAAGAAAGGGAUGUACGUGUGGAACUGUUGGAAAAGGAAAUGAAAGAAAACCAUGAGAACCACCAGAACAUAAUGAAGGAUUUUAUUGCCAAGAGUGACAAGGAUAUAAAAGAUUUGAGGUACAAAACGUCUGCCAAUAUCACGCAACUAAAAGAUAAUCAUUCAAGAGAAAUGGACGAAAUGCGUGAAUCAAACAAUUUCCUCGAAAAUGAAGUAAAGGAACUUAAAACGAAACUUUCAAAAAUGGAAAGUGAACUAAAUGAGUGUAAAAAGCAUGUGAGCUACUGUACAGAAGAAAAUAAGCACAUUUUGUACAUUGGGCAACUCUGUUCAGACUUGCAAACAAACUGGUAUCGAUAUGUCAUGCCGAAGCACUGCCACGAUGAGCAUCGUGCUUAUAAAGUUAACCACAUUAUAGACGAUAUUGGUGAUAGCACAAUACUCAGUGAAGAAGAGCAAAACGAUGCCAAGAGGAGGUGGAAAGAAUUGCAAAGUAAAAUAGAUUGGGAGAAGAACGAACGUUUGAUAGAAGCAAUUAAGCGACUACGACAGCAGAGAAACCGAGCCGCGCAUCCCAAAGUCCUUAGUGAAGAAGGAGCAAAAAGGGCGGCCGACGAGUUAAAAAAACAAGGAAAAUUGAAAGCUAAGCCCUCAUUUGAGGAUGUCAUGGGAUUAAUCAAUCUAUGGAAAUCUUCAAAGUCCCUGCACCAAGGACGAUCCGGCUGAUGCAUGUGACCAAGCUCGUAAAACACUUCCAUGUUCAUUGAUCACAGACUCAUUUACUUAGGGUUGGCCUCAUAUCAGCGUCAAAAUAUUCACAUUUGAAAUAGGAAAUGUAAAGAAAAUAAUACACAACUUUAACAAUACCAGCACUUUUAAAAKUUCACAAACGGAUAUUUUUAAUCGGAUAUUUUUAAAUCCGCAACUUUCAUACCGAUUCCACCGUCCAGCCACACCAGGCCGUAUUCAAAAAAAUCACUUGAUAAAUGUGGAAGUGACUUAAUGUUUACGCAUUUUUCCUUUUUAAAUAUUURCGUUUUUGGUUAUAAUUGGGAUUCCUGUGGAAAGCCGGCCGAGAUAUACUGAAAUGGGGCUUUUCGUUUUCUAUCACAAAUCGGCCAUUAGUGUCUCUAGGGCGCAUGAGCUUUGCUGGCGAACUCAUGAUAACGAAGGCUCGCAGCACGUAACAGAGCUAAAACAAGCCGUUGGAAGCUUCGGUGCUCUCUCUGACGUCUAGUUUUUUAAUGGUUUAUAAUUUUGAUAUAUGAAUUCUACCCUGAAACUAAGUUCCAUAAAAUGACAUGCUAUAGACCCCUUGUAGCACGUCGGAAUGAAGCUUAAUUUGGAGUACAUAACAAUAGGUUCCCAAUUCUCUUCUUUCCCAUACCCAUAAUACUUUGCGGCUUUGGGGGGUAACCAGAGGAAAAACUGAACCGCAUUUAUUUUGCUGAAGGCUGAUCAGACAAUGUUGAAAAUACCUCGUUUGAUAUCCAAAUAUAAAAUGGAACAGUAAGAAACAGAAAGAGAUGAAAAAGUUUAAAGUAAGUUUUUAAUAUUUCUUCGUAAGUCAAKACAUUUUCUGUAACAACAAACCUUUUGAUGUUCUGCAAAAUGAACUCAGAAUGAACUGAUAAUCAGUACUUUACAGAUCAAAACAGGUAUAGUGUACAUUCAAUUGAAGAACGUUUCAUUUUGGGACAGCGUUUUGAUUGGUUACGCGUUUUGAUUGGUUAACUCCAAGUCGCAAAGCAUUAUGGGGCACGCGAAAGUAGAUAAUUAUCAUGAGAUUGAAAUUAAGCUGUUUGUACGUGACAUGCAAGGAUUUUAAUUUUUUCAUUCCACCAAGAGGUAUUUUGACUUUGUAUAACUGAGUGAAUUCAGGUUUUGCAAUAUAUUAACUAUACAAUAGGUUUACAUACAUGUUUUUAUACACGAAACGGUCAAAAUCUACAAUUUAUCCUUUUUUUGUGUGUGUAAGGCGAUCUAAAUAGAUCGUAGCAAGAUCAAAAUGCAUUUUGGCUUUCAAGCUACAGUACACUGAUUUCAAUCUAAGAACUGUAACAUACGAAACUUGUUCAAAUGCUCUGAUUGUUCAUCACUCUCUGCACUGUCUAGUUAUCAUACAGGUUUUGUUGUAAGAGCAGACGACACGCGUCAAACCAAUCAUAAUGCGCGAAAUUAAUGACCGUCCAAUCAGAAUGKUGCAUUUUAACAAGACUACGUCACGGUUACGCACCUUCACUAUCAUACGAACACCGCUCUAAAAUAAUGAUAAAUUAGAUAAUGUAAUAAUAUGGAUCAAUGAAAAGAUAAUAAAAUGAAUGAAACUGCCUA